AUGAUGAAUUCAGGGAUGAUUGAAGAUGUGAUUAUAAUUGGAGGGUUAAUUGGUGUACAAUUUGUUUAUGCUGGAAAUGCUAUGCUCAUGAGUUAUCUUAUGUCUUUGGGUCUUCAAUCUUUUACCAUUGUCAUUUUCACUGCCUUUGCUACAUUUAUUCUUCUCCUUCCCUCUGUUCUUUAUUAUGAAAGGAGUAAAUGGCCUAAGAAAAUUAGUUUCAAGUUGUUUUUAAAGUUUCUUCUUCUUGCUCUUGGAGGUGUAACUUUGUUCCAAUCUUUAUUCCUUAAAGGAAUCAAUCUAACCUCAGCAGCAAUGGGAACAGCCAUGCCAAACCUUGCCCCGGGGUUUAUCUUCAUCAUAGCAUGGAUUUUUCGGUUGGAAAAAGUAGACUUAAACUGCACAUUUAGUAGAGUAAAAAUAAUUGGCACAUUGCUUUGUGUCUUAGGAGCACUCACAAUGAGCUUAUUGCAAAGUAUCUCAACUCCUAUACCAAUGGAAAAGUUAACUAUUCCACCACAACCAGUUGUCUUGUUUGACAGAGACAAGAUUAUUGGUUGCCUCUAUCUCUUGGUUUCAAUCCUUCUUCUCUCAAGCACAGUUGUUUUACAGGCAUUUACUUUAGGGGAAUUUCCGGCACCUAUGACAUUGUGUGCGAUAACAUCAUUUUUGGGUGGUGUGAUUACAACAGCAGCUCAAUUAAUUGGAUAUCAUGAAAUCAAAACCGGAUGGCCAUUAGUUAGAGUUGGUGACAUGAUUGGCUAUUCUGUUCUGUCAGGUGCAGUAACUGGAAUAUGCUUAAGCACCAGUGCUUGGGCACUUGAGAAGAGAGGACCAGUUUUCGUAUCCAUGUUCAGUCCUGUUGGCACUGUUUGCUCUGUCAUUUUCUCUAUUGUUACUGCAGGAGAUAGUACUGUCAAUAUUGGAAGCAUAGCAGGGAUGGUCCUCAUGUUCACUGGACUCUACUUUGUGCUUUGGGCCAAAGGGAAAGAAGAUUGCUUGGAGAGUGAGUUUGUUGAUGCAGAGAAGCCUCUCUUAAGUUAA